AUGGCUUUACAAAAUGUAGCUCUCCUGGUGACAGUAUGCCUAAUAUUCACCGGUGCAAACUAUGCACUUGCAGCAAGGAACGUGAUUGAUCCCAUUCAGCCAGCCUACAGCAUCCCCAUCACAGCGAGAAUCAAAACUGGAAGUGAAGGAAAUGGCGGGCUAGUCGAUUGCUGGAAUGCGCUUGCGGAGCUGAAAUCAUGCUCCAAUGAGGUGGUUCUGUUUUUCCUGAAUGGGCAGGCUGAUAUAGGGCCUGAUUGUUGCCAAGCCAUUGCCACUAUUACGCGCCACUGCUGGCCUGCAAUGCUGACUUCCAUCGGUUUCACGACUGAGGAGGGUAACAUUUUGCUAGGCUACUGUGAUGCCGCUGCAUCUGCUACUACUACUAAUUCCUCCGCCCCUGCUUCAUCUCCUCUUGCUGCCGCCACCACGCCUACUCCUCCCGCCAACUAA